AUGGCGACAGCAACUGGCCGAGAGACACGCUCUGCGCGCAACCGCGCUGGCAACAACAAUGGCAGCACCGAAAAGCCCAAGAUUGAGGGCAAGACAGACCACACGCGCUGGCGUCUCAAAGAUGACGACAGUAGACAUACCUGGCACUAUCUAACGGAAGAUAGCGAGCUGGAGAAAUGGCCCCAGAGCAAUGCUGAAAAGUACUAUCUGAACCUGCCCCUGGGCCUACCCAACCUCCCGCGAGCGACCACUGCCAUCGAUGCUGCGAAUAACGGAAUCGACUUUUUUGAGAAGCUCCAGUUGCCCUCUGGCCACUGGGGCUGCGAGUAUGGCGGUCCCAUGUUUCUGCUGCCGUGUGUCGUCUUCGCUUGGUACGUCACCAAGACGCCCAUCCCCGAAGCUUACGCGAUCGAGAUCAAGAAUUAUCUUACCGCGCGAGCGCACCCCGAGGAUGGAGGCUGGGGUCUUCAUAUUGAGGGCGAGAGCACCGCCUUUGGCACCUCUCUCAACUAUACCGUUCUGCGCCUUGUUGGCGUCGACCCCGAGGAUCCGAUCAUGGUCAAGGCCCGAGGCACCCUACACAAGCUCGGCGGCGCCCUAUAUGCCCCUCACUGGGCCAAGUUCUGGCUGGCCACACUCGGCAUCAUGAACUGGGACAUUGUCAACCCUAUCCCGCCUGAGAUAUGGCUCCUACCGGACUGGGUCCCCAUUGCACCAUGGCGCUGGUGGAUUCACAUUCGCCAAGUCUUCCUACCCAUGGGAUAUGUUUACUCGAAGAAAUGGAGCUGCCCAGAGGACGACAUCAUUCGGGGUUUGAGAGAAGAGCUCUUUGUCGAGCCGCACGCCACAAUCAACUGGGCCAGCCACCGCAAUAGCAUUGCGCCUCAAGACAAUUACCACCCCAAGUCUUGGCUACUUAACAGUGUCAACUGGAUGCUUGUCAACAUAUACAAUCCCUACAUCCGACCAAACUUCAUCAAGAAUAAGGCGGAGGCCUGGGUUAGCCAGCUUGUUGACAUGGAAGACGCCAACACAGACUAUGCCGACCUCGCGCCCGUCAACGCACCCAUGAAUACGGUGGUCUGCUACAUCCGAGAUGGCCCAGAGGCAUUCUCGGUGAAGCGACACAUUGAGCGACUGGAAGAGUUCCUCUGGGUCAAGGACGAAGGAAUGCUGGUGAACGGCACUAACGGUGUGCAAUGUUGGGACACGGCGUUCCUGAUCCAGGCCGUGGUCGAGGCUGGUCUGCACACGGACGCGCGUUGGCGCCCCAUGUUACUGAAGGCCCUCUACUACCUCGACCGGCAGCAGAUCCGGGAGAACUGCGUCGACCAGGAAAAGUGCUACCGGCAACCGCGCAAGGGCGGGUGGCCCUUCAGCAACCGUGAUCAAGGCUACGGCGUCAGCGACUGCAUCUCCGAGGCGCUCAAGGCUAUUAUCCUGCUGCAGAAGACGGACGGCUACCCGACCGCCCUUGACGACCAGCGCAUCUUCGACGCUGUUGACACACUGCUGCUGUAUCAAAACAACAACGGCGCGCUGUCGUCUUACGAGGCCCGGCGCGGCGGCGAGUACAUGGAGCUGCUCAACGCCGCCGAGGUUUUCGGUCGCAUCAUGAUCGAGUACGACUACCCCGAGUGCACAACCGCGUGCGUCACCGCCCUCUCGCUCUUCCACCGCCACUGGCCCGACUAUCGCGGCGCCGAAAUCGCCACCUUUAUCCGCCGCGCCACCAACUGGAUCCGCACCAACCAGCGCCCCGACGGCAGCUGGUACGGCAGCUGGGGUAUCUGCUUCACGUACGCGACCAUGUUUGCGCUGGAGAGCAUGGCUAGCGUCGGCGACGUGUACGGCAGCAGCUACAUCGCCACAAAGGGCUGCGAAUUCUUGCUGUCCAAGCAGCGGGCCGACGGCGGCUGGUCCGAGAGCUACAAGGCCUGCGAGACCAUGACCUAUGUUGAGCACCCGAUGGGAUCGCUGGUGGUGCAGACCGCCUGGGCGCUCAUCGGUCUCUUGGAGGCCGGGUACCCGCACGUCGAGCCGCUCCGGAAGGGCGUCAAGCUCAUCAUGGACCGCCAGCAGGCCAACGGCGAGUGGCUGCAAGAGGCCAUCGAGGGCGUCUUCAACAAAUCGUGCAUGAUUUCCUACCCGAACUACAAGUAUACCUUUACCAUCAAAGCCCUUGGUAUGUUUGCUAAGAGAUUCCCCGACGAGAAGUUUUAA